AAGAGGAAGAGUAUGGCGGACGGCGGAGGGAAGCCGCUGCAGAGCGCCAUGAAGAUGGCCAAGCAGGCGAUCCAGCUGGAGGGGGGAGACAGGCAGCAGGAAGCUUACUGCCAAUACCUGCGAACGAUCAACUACAUAUCACACGUUCUUCUCCAAGAAGAGACGCAGGUGGAGGUGGAGCGGAUGCUGCGGCUGGCGGAGCAGUGUCUGGACCGAGCUAAGUCCUUCAUAGGGAAGCGCUCUGUCCAUCCUGCCCCCCCUGUCCUCCACAACGCCUCCUGUUCUUCAGCUGACCAAUCAGAGGCUGAGGCCGGUCCUAAGGCUGGAGACAGAGCCUCUGCUGCUGAGGGACAGGUUGACGCUUCGUCCCAGUUUGGUCUGUCAGAUGAUGGUGGACAGCCGUCCUCUUUCCCUCCUCCUGAUGUCUUCCAGAGACAACAGACUGCAGCUUCACACGACUCCAGCAGGAAGACGCUGACCCCGGUGGAGGAAGCAUCCCGGCAGAACCAGAAGCUCCAGGCGUCCUAUGAGGCUCGUGUGGCCCGGCUGGCUCCGGGUCAGGCGUCCCAGAAAACCUCCUUGACCCUUUCUCUGCAGCGGCAGAUGAUGGAGAAUCUGAUCAUCGCCAGAGCCAGACAGGACGCCCUGCAGAGGAAGGUGGAGGAAAAGAGGCAGAGGCUGCAGGAUGAAGCUAACAGGAGGUUUGCUGCCUCUGGAGCACUGACUGCAGAGGAGCAGGAGCAGCGGCUCCUCUACGCCCGGGUUCUGGAGUACGAACUGGACCACGACUGGCCCAAACAGUGGAGAACCAACAUCAAGGGGAACCCGGACGCCUCACUGGUUCUGGAUCUACUCUCCUUUCUGCUCAGGUCUGAUCAUCCACUGGUGGAGCUGCUGAGGAAACAUCAAUUCAGGAUCUACAACCAGCUCUACCCCAUUGUCACCCAGAGUCUUCCUCAGAGUCUUCCUCAGAGUCUUCCUCAGAGUCUUCCUCAGAGUCUUCCUCAGAGUCUUCCUCAGAGUCUUCCUCAGAGUCUUCCUCAGAGCCCCGCCCUGCUGCUCAGGUCUUCUCGCUGUGUCCCGGUCCGGCUCUCUCCAGAGCGAAACCCGACCGGAACCAGCAGCUCGCUGGACGGCGAGGAUGCGGCGCAGCGGGACGACUCCUUCGAGGACCUGGAGCACUUCCUGUCCCAGCUGGACUCCGGCGGCUUGCGGGCGGAGCUGACCUUUGACCCCUCUGUUGAGCUGGAGCAGCUGGAGCUCAGAGUUCUAAAAGAACACCUGAAGGCCAUUGUUAGAGACAUCCACGGAGCCGUCGAUCAGCUGCUGUCGCUCUGCCUGCUCUCCUUCGACUGCCUGAACACCGCGACCUUUAAGGACCUGAGUCUGGGCUGCAUCGAGGAGGCCUUCUUCACGCCGCUGUGGAGCCCCCUGCUGGCUCUCUUCAGGCGAGUCCUCAGGGAGCGAGAGCGGCUCUUCCAGAGGAACAUGGCGCUGUACUGCAGCGCCUCGCCAGCAGAGGUCGGUGUUCCCGUCAAACUGUUCCCCCAGGACCCCGGCGCGCUGCAAGGUUCCUACCCCUACGAGGUGGCGGUGCAGGAGCUGAAGCUGCUGGUGCAGGGCGGCUGCCCUCAGAGGAAGCUGGACUGCGUAGUGCGGACGCUGCGGCUGAUCUGCGGCUGCGCCGAGGAUUACCGGAACCAGCAGGAGGGCGGAGUCUCCCGGGCCGCCGCCAUCGGCGCCGAUGACCUGCUGCCCAUCCUGUCUCCUGUUGUCUUCCCAGCUUCCUGAUUGGUGAAGAGGGUUACUGUCUCACCUCCCUGCAGAGCGCUCUGGCCUACAUUGAGUCUCUGCCAGCAAGAGCUGACCUUGCUGACCCCGAGUAACGCCCCUGACCUGCGGAGCCGCCACAGGUACAAGCUGGCCUCUGAUUGGCCAGACGGAGAUGAGGUUAUGACCUUUGCUCUGGAGGCUCCUGGAUAUCAGGAAGGACUUACAGCUGGCUGCUCUGAGCAUGCUCAGUAGGGUCUGAGAAACGGGAAGCACUGCAGCCGGACCGGACCGGACUGGACCAGGGGAAGGGCUGCUUCGGCGUUUCUUCUACUUUUCCGGGUUGUUCCUCAUCUUGCUCAGUCUUUAUUUUCUGACGCUGGAGCUGUCGGCUCCGCCUCCCAGCCAAUCAGAAGACUCCAGGUGUCAACUGGUUUUUCUGCCCCCUGCAGGACAUUUCAAUAAUUCCUCUGCAAACAUGAUCACCUGGUUGGUGGGCGGAGCCUGAGCUGGAGAGAAACAUUCAGGAAGUAAAGCAGCAGCAGAUCUGAGGCCUGUAAUCCAGACUUUACUGGAUUAUUCAGUCAAAACAUGGGAGUUAAACGCGGCUGCAGAUUACUGUUUGAAACUACAGGAAGUCUGAUAAUCCUGCUGAUGAUCUAACCGGGUCACCAUGUUGGUGAACGGCAUCGUGGGUAAUUUGCUUGCAGUGGAUGUGAUGACAGAGCAGACUCUGGGUGACCUUCAGGAUGACCUCUGAGGUCUGUGUCGGUCCUGCUGCUGAGGAACUGAAGGGAAUCUUGGUUUAGUUUUUUGUUUUUUUUCCUGAAUUUAGUUUCUUCUCCUCUAGUUUUUAUUCAAUUUGCCAGAACCUGUCCAGAGGUCGGGGGUCAUUAAAUCAAUUAGGUAACUUUGUA